CUUACCUCGUUCAAUGCAUUGUUUCACCUCCAUCCUCAAUGUCUCUUUCAAAUGCUAGGAUGGCAACCGGGAAAACUUCGGGUAGCCGCGCCUACGAAGUAAAACCUCUCCGCACUUCUCCUCCGCUUCCUCAUCACCUACCCCUUUUCAACAACCAUCAGAUCGCAACCCGAAUAGUAUGGCGGAAGCGUCUCGCAAAAAGCUGCUGGACUCGCUCAAAGGCUCCUUCGCAUCAAGCAACUACUCUGAUCUCAUCAUCACCUGCGGUAGCGACUCUUACAAUGUCCACAAGAUGAUUGUUUGUUCUCGCUGCGACUUCUUCGCUCGGGCUGUCCGAUUCUCUGUUGGGAAGGAAGCCCACGAUGGAAAGAUCGACCUCCCAGAGGAUGAGCCGGCCAUUGUCAAGCUGCUGAUGCAGUAUCUCUACGAGGGUGAAUACGAUCCGGCCUUGCCUCCUGAGGCACAGAAGCCGACUAUGGAAUUUCCACACAGUUGCUCCACAUUUCCCUACCAUAGAUGCUGCUCUACUGUCUGCCCUCAUCAUACCUGUGGCAUUCAUUGUGGUGCAAACUGCCGCGACUUUACUUGCAAGAUAUGCAGCCCCCCAUUACCUCCUCUCUACGGUACUGCCGACCAGCUCCUCACCCACGCCAAGAUGUACGAGAUUGGGGAAAAGUACGAUGUUAUUGGCCUGAAGGACCUAUCUCAAGAGAAAUUCAGUCGCACUUGCGGACUCUUCUGGAACGACCCCAAGUUUCCAGUCGCCGCCCAUCAUGCCUUCUCCACCACACCGGAUCACGACAAGGGUCUGAGGGAUCUCGUCUUCAAGACCUUAUCUGACCACCUGGAGCUCAUUGAUAAACCGGAGAUCGAAGCUGUCUUGACGGAGUUUAAUGGCCUUGCGUUCGGACUCCUAAAGGAGAAGAAGCAGCAAGGUUGGCGCUAG